AUGCAUUCUUAUACACAAGACAUUCAAGAUAAUAAGAUUAAGUGGCAUAUCAGUCUCUCCGGAGUCUCAUUUGUCGACUCAAAGACUGGCGAAUUAGUUCUAGAUCCGUCAGCCACAAUCAACUACAGAACAUCCCUCAUUCUCAAAGCAGGAGAUAAGACAGCAGAUGAGAAUACGUUCCUUGAAACAUACAAGCUUUUAGAAGAGAACAUUUCUUAUUUGAAAGAACUCUCUGAUUUUAAGUCUACUCCGACAGAAGAUGAUUAUGAAGGCUUGGAACCAGAUUUAAGUGAUUACAACAAUCUUCUUAAGCAAGAAUUACAAAAAUUAAAGAAUUCUACGGAAAUCGGAGGUCCUUUCUCUUCCUUCACUCCUCAGAUGCGCUACAUGGUUGGCCAAAGUAAGGACAAGAAGAAAUACUUACUUUCAAACUUAAACAAAGCAACUAUUGAUGAUCCUAAUUUCAAGAUCGACUUUUCUGCUAAAGAAGUCGUCCGUGCCAAAAACAUUAAUUCAGGCAUCAAAUUUAGCGAAAUUAACACUUCAGCUGCUUUAUCUGAAAAUGUCCACGUUUCUUUACUUACAAGUAAUUUCCUCAAUAAUCCAAUCGACAUUUUAUCCAUUAUUCCUAAAUUCCUCUUCAAUGGCGUCGGAGAUUAUCCACUUCCAAUCCAAUUCUUCAUUUGCGACAAGAAUACGGCUGAUUUCAACAUCGAUGCCCUGUUUAAUAAUAUCAAGUCCAUUACAUCUCCGGAACAAGUCAGAUUCGUCAUUAUGAACAUUCAUUACCUGAAAUUCUCAGUUUUCAAGCACUUCGACUCUAGAUUCAAGGAAUACGAGAAGAAUCCAAUACCAAACAGACGAAUCUACCUCAUCAACUUCAAAGAAACCACUCCUGCUAGCAAUCUUCUCGGAAAUGUCAACAAUUUGAGCAAUUUCAAGUUCGAAAAAGCCGCUGUUGUUAAUUUCUACACGAAGUUCUUUUCUGAUUCGUUCAAAUCCUACGUUGUUUACUCCAAACAACCAGAAACAGGUAAAACACAGAUGAUUUUGAAGCGAAUCUACGAAGAAAACAAAGGACGCGACUACUACUACCACAGAUACAUCGUAGACAAUGGAACAACCUUGCAAAUGUUGAUUGAUUUCCUGAAUUCAGUCAAAUUUGACAAGGACAAGAAGACAUACAUUCACUUCAAUGUUGAUGGCAACAUCAACCUCCAGUUUACCUUCUAUCUCCUUCAGUUGGUGUAUUUCAAUGUUCUGACAGACAAUACAUCACGUUGUUUCACAUUGUACGACCUUCCAAGUGUUCCUGAGGUUUAUUUCGAGAUUGGCACAAAGACACACGUUGAUUUCGAUGAGAUGAAGACGAUAUUCUUCCCACUCGCCCAGUUUAUGGAAAAAGUAGAUGUUGGACAGCCUUUAGACAUCUUCUCUCUCGACGAAUACGUCCUUGAAACAGUCAACAAGCUGAGUAAGAUCAGAUUAUUGAUCAAAUCAAGGAGAUACCUUCCAAAUGCAGCGGCCAUCGUAUACAUGUCAACAUUCGCCAAGGCAAAGGAUGGCGAAAAGCUGCAAUACAUCAAUCUAAGUAAGAAUACAAUAAGUGAAGUGACCAAGUCAAAAGAAAACUACAAUAUCCUUGAUAAAAUACCAUCGUCAUACGAGUACAACGACUUCAAGGAGUCUUUUGACAGCCAUGUCAGAUUUUUCGAAGAAAAUCCGAAAAUUAUUUACAGUUACUUCAAAUCUGUUCUUUAUAAAGGCAAAGAACAGAUUAUUUCCAUCAUCAACAAUGUUUCCAAGAUCAUCAAUUCUAACAGAGGUCCAUUUAUCUCCAAAUCAUCAUACAAGAAGCAGAGAGAAUACAAUCAGCAGUUAACAAUCAUGAUUGGCGAAAACAUUGUUAAUUCUGCUAUGUUCAACUGCGGAAAGAGUUACGAAGCAACAGAUGACGACAAAGUAGAUGAUACAAGAAGACUUGAACAAAUCAAAGAGUUCCAAAAGACAAUUCCUUCCAUCAUUGUCACAACAAAUUUUGCUGCACCAAUUGAGCAACAAAGUUAUUUCUUAAUUGCUCAAAACAAAGAUAAAAAAGUAUUCGAUAUCUUAAAUGAAUAUGGAAUACAAGUCAGCGACAAAAUGAGUGAUUUCUUAAGUACUUUCUAUGAUUACGACAAGUUCAAGAAUUUGAGAAACAAUUCUCAUGGAUUAUUCCAAUCAUUUGCUUCUGUUUUCGGCUUGCAGAUCAAUGAUGAAAUUCCUUACAACAAAUUAUUGUUUAUCAAGAUUUGGGAUGACAUCAAAAAUUCUGAUGCUUUAGAUCAGUUUUUGGGAAAGGAUUUCAUCACUAAAAUCAUGACAAAUGAUAGAGAUCUCAACACAAAUUACUCAAAGGACGAAAACAUCAAUGAUUUCCUCAAGAACUUGAAGGAAAUGGAUUUGAAAGAUAUGAUAUUUGACAAGAAGAACAAAUUAAAUGUUGAGAAAUUAUAUGAAAACUUUAGUGCUGAAAUUGCACAGAACUAUGAUCAUUCCAACAUCAAAUCAAUUGCUAUCACUCCUCAAAGUAUCAACAGAUGCUCAAUCAUCAUUUCUAGAUGCAUGAGUAAUCUACCAAUCAUUUUGAUGGGUGAAACAGGUGUCGGAAAAACAUAUAUCAUCAACAUUUUGAAGCAAAUCAUCGCAAGACAUGUUAAACUUGAGAAAACAGUUAUCCACGCUGGAACAACAAGAGGAGAUUUGAUUGAUUUCAUCAAGCCAAAGAUAGAAAAAUGCAACAAAGAAAGAGGAAAAAUCAGAGGAACAAUGAUCUUCAAUUUGAUCAAACAAAAAGCGAAAUCAGAUAAAUUAAGAACUGAUUUCAUGCAAUGGUUCGUCAAACAGAAGAAUAUCAAAGAAAAAGAUGAAUUUACAAAUGAAGAAAUCACUAAUUUCGCCAUCGAAAAGAUGCAUGAACUUGUACAAAAGUUCAUUGAAGAUGAAGUUUUCGCCAGUGACAAGAAAUCGAGUUAUUUCAUCACAGACAACACACAAAUUGCAAAUGUGAUAAAUCACUUGCAUUGGAAACUUGACCAGUUCAAUGACGAUGUCGAAGCUAAUUCUCCACAGUUGUUGUUCUUCUUCGAUGAAGUCAAUGCUGCAGCAAUACAAUGGUUCAUCAAAGAACUCAUUGUCGACAGAUAUUUCUUGGACGAAAGACUUCCAAACUACGUCAGAUUCAUUGCUGCUGUCAACCCAUUGAAGAAGAUUCCUCAAAACAUCGCAGAUAGAAUCAACAAGAUUGGUCUCACAAUACAAGAAACAAACGAUCAACUCAAGGACUUCAUCUACAAGGUCCAGAAGAUGCCAGAAUCAUACAUUCCUUUCAUUUUGCCAUUCGAUCCAGAAAGACUUGACAAGAAUGAUACAGAAUGCUACAAGAUUUUGGAGUGUUCCAGUGAAUUCGAGUUGUUCAUGCAACAGAUCAUGGACAGAAGAUUACUCGACAAACCACGCGCAAUCGAUCUCGAGAGACAGGACAUGCAUUUCUCACAGUCAGAAGAUUUCGCAGAAGAUUACUCAACAAACGCCAAAGCACAGGAAAUGCUCAAAAUAGUUAAGAUCCUCAACUUCUCAUCAGCGAGAUUGGUUGUUAACCCUGAUUUCUAUGGCGAUGAGUCAUUCAUUUCUUUGAGAGAUCCAGAGAGAUGCUCAACAAUCAUCAGAUGGUUCCACAAGUCAGGAAUUCUUUCUGCUGAUGCUCCAAAGGAUUUCGAUAACAAAUUCAGAUAUUCCCUUGUUCUCGCUCUUUCCGUUGUUUACUGGUUCAAACUCAACGAAAAAAUGCGUGAGGACUACAUCAAUAAGAUCAUCGAAGUCUGGAGAUCGAUUGGCAGCAAACAAUUCCCUUCACCAACAGCUGAUGAAUGGAAGAAAUGGAUCGAACAAGAAAUCUCUACUGCUGCUGACAUUUUCUGCACAGAAAAAGGUAUCUCAAAGAACAAGCCACUCAAAGAAAACUGCUGGGCAACAUAUGUCGCGUUGAUCAACAGAAUUCCUCUUUGGAUCAUUGGUGCUCCAGGUCUUUCUAAGUCUCUUUCCGUCAACAUGGCAAUUAAUGGUCUCAGAAAUGGAUACAUCAAAUUGCCAAAUGGACACAAUUUCAACAUCCUCAAACAGUUGUUCAUGUGUUCUAAAGAGUCUACAACGAAAGACCUCUCGUUUGCAUUCCAAUUACUCGCAAACGAAGACAACAGAAUCAUCCAAAACAUCAAGAACACAAAGAACAGCAAAGAAUUGCCAAUUCCUAUCAUGAUGCUUGAAGAAAUGGGCCAUGCAGAUCUAAGUGACGAAAGCUGUCUGAAGUUGUUGCAUCAGGUCAUCGAUGAAGGUGUUACCGCCAAAGAUAAGACACUUCAGAUUUCAAUUGUUGGUUUGUCAAACUACAAGAUGGAUAGCGCCAAAUUGAACAGAGGUUUGCUCAUCCUCAGAGACAACUUGUUACAAGCUGAAAUGGCGAACACACUCAAGAAUAUCUUCAAUGAUGUCAAGAAAGACAAUUUCAAACAAGAAAUCACACAGAGUGAAGAAAAUAUUCUCAAAGCAAUCGCCAAAGCCAAGAAUACAUCAUCAGCAGGAGAGAUUUAUUCCAUCAGAGAUUUAUACGCUUUCGCACAGAACCUUGCACAAAUUUCAUUACAAAAAGAGGAAGAAGUACAAAGAGCCAUUUUCAAGAACUUGUUCUGCACAAAGAUCGAAUUCGAAACUCUCAAACAGACAUUCCCAACAAGGAUUUACCAGGCAUUCAACUUCAACAAUUCCGAUAAUAAACCAAUUGUUUGCGAAGAUUACAAGAAGUUAAUUUUCGAUUCCAUCAAUGCCAAUGUCAAUUUCAACUUGAUCACAAACAGACACUUGAUGUUCAUCACAGAAGAUGACGCUGCAUUGGAUAUCAUCACAGAAGAAUUGGGAGACAAGAAAGAUUCAGUUGUUUUGUUUGGAAACAGACAAUCAGGAAUUUCCGAAUCAAUAUGGGUCGCCGAAGACUGCGAGAGAUUCCUCAGGGCAAUGAGCAGAGGAAACUUAGUUAUCAUUCACGGAAUACAUCCUUGCUUCAAUAACUUGUACGAUAUCUUCAACCAAAAGUACCAAGAAAUUGUAGAAAACAAACAAACAAAACACAUCGGAUUCAUUUCUUGCAACGGUGGCUCAUAUUCAGCAGAAGUCAAGCCUGAAUUCAGAUGCGUAAUUGUUCUCACUAAAACAGAGUUCGACCAGUUGCCAGCACCAUUCGUUUCAAGAUUCGAAAAACACUACUUGAAUUAUAACACAGAAAGCUUUGCAAAGAUUCUGCCAAAAAUUGAGAACUUUGCAAAAACCACUCCAUUUGUUAAUGAAUCUAUUACAAGCAGUUAUUUGUCCAAGCAGUACAUGGAAUCUGUUUGUGCAUUAAUUGGUGAAAAGGAGCUUACAAGAGUUGUUUCAGAAAACACUUAUCUUUUGGCUUAUUUGCCAGCCUCUAUUUAUUUCUACAGAACAAUGUUGAAUGCUGAAGAAGAACCACAAAAAGGUCUUCCACCAUAUUCCGAGACAGAUGAAGACGACGAUAUGAAGAAGGAGUACAACACAAAGAGAUUAUUCAAGAAGUACUCAUAUUUGCAUACAAGUGUAAUGUCACUGAUUAAGAACUACGAGAAUUUGGAUGAUGAAGAAAAUCCAUUCAACUUCAUUUUCGGAAGCCAAAGAAAGAGUGGACUCAAAGGCAUCUCUUCUGUUGUUGUCGUUCCUGGAAUCCAUCCAUUCGACAAAGAUUCGUUGAAGGACAAUUACGACAUCUACGAAUUUCCAAUUGAACAGACAUUUGACUUCGACAAAGUCUUCAACGAUUUCGUCAGCAAAAUCAGUGAAAAGGAAGAAAUUCCAAAGGUCAUGGUCUUCACAGCAAACAAGCCAAAUGAAGUUGCACACAGAUUGCCACAGCUCAAGUUCAAGAUCAAUGAGUUCAGGAAGGAACACGAGUCUAAAAACAUCAUUUUGCACACUUUCAUUUGCUUGAAUGUCCUUGAAAAUCACGACAAAAUCCAUUUGCUUCAAUCGAAGACUUGGCCUGUUUUAGGUUUGGACUUCCUUCCAAACAAAUUAUAUGGAACUUCUCUCGUUGAUGUCACAAUCGAUGCUUUCAUGAGACAGAGUCAAUCCAUGAAGAAAGUUUCUUUCUUCAGUAAACAGAUUUUCAAGCAAUCAACAGCAUUAUACCAGAAAUUAUUAAAUGAAGAUGAAAUGAUCGAUGUUGAUGAUUCUUCUACUGAAAACCAACUCGAACUUCUUGCAGGAAAAGCCCUUAAAUCGAAGAAUUCAUGGAGACAGUGCCCGAAGUCAUUGUUCAACAUCAUUUUCACUUUCUACAGAAGAUUCACAAACAUCAUUGUGAACACACAAUACGUGUUAAAGAAUUCUGGUGAAAAUUCAGUAAUUUUCAUUCGUACUAGUUUCUUGAGAGAAUUGAACAACAUCAUUUCCUACAAUAACCAUGAUUUCGCGGAUAUAACAAAUGAACUGAUUUAUUGGUCUGCAAAGAAGAUCAUCUCAAGCGGCAGAUAUGCACUUGAAGAUGGAGUUGAUGGACUUGUUGAAUAUCUUAAUUUCGAAGUUCCUGAAGAACUUGAUUACUCAGUUUUGUUGUAUACUUUGCAUCCUUCAAAUGAUAUUCCAAAGAAAGAUUACCAAAGGAUUUGGGAUACAACAAUUAAACCAAUCAUCGACGUUGAACAAGUUGAUCAAUUGCUUGAAUACCAUAAGUUCAACGUUUUUGUUGAUUUAGUUAUUUCUCACCAUACAUUUGUUAAGAAUCAAAUAACUAAGGAAUUCGAUAUCGAAAACAUCGAUGAAUCAUUGAAGACUCUCAUUUCUGAUUAUACAAAGGAGAUCUGCCAGUCUGUAUGCUCAGAAACAAGAAAAUAUGCUGAACACUACCAGUACUUCAACACCAUCUAUCCACAUCUCAGAGCAGCAAUCGAUAUCUCUCAGAUUCCUCAUGUUGAAUGUUUGUUGAAGGCCGCUGUUUUCUUCGGAUCUAAUGAAAACUUCAAAGGAAAAGAAUCCAAGAAUAUUAAGAUCGGAGAGGCUUUCAAUGGAACUAAUUACGUUUUCUCUGGUACAAGAAAAUCACUUAGAAAGUAA